UUUGAUAAGGAGAAGAGGAAAAUAAUUCAUAUUAUCUUUUUCUUUUUCUAAUAAGCUAGAAAGGCUCUGUGUACGUACUAUCUGAGAGAGUAUGACGACGACGUAUAUGGCUGAGACGGAUUUGUUGACAACGUUUUGGAAACCUAGCUUGCGCCAAUCUCGGACUUUCAGCUAGCCUUCCCUCACGGACUCGGGUAUGUAGCCGAUAAAGAUUCAUUUUAAUUCAAUGCUUCAGCUGAGAUAUCGAAAGCAAAGUUCUCCGUCGUAUAAGUUCCCCACCAUCCUUCUGCAUUUCCUACAAUUCAGUCAUUCCCCAUCCUUCUUUUCAGCCAACAAUUCUGUCACUCCCAUCCUAUUCAACACAUUGCAUCACGAUGUCAGACUACGAAAAACUCUUUGAGGAGGCCGUUAAGGGUAUCAAAGCUGCCAAGUCAUUCCCCUACGAUAACUAUACCAAUAGGCUCCAUAACAAGGUUCGAGCUAGUCUCGAAUAUUACCCUCAUCUACAACCCUACAUUGACAGGGCUCCUAACUACCCUCCAAAUGACGAUGAUCCUGAUAACAUGAUAAUCGACAUAUUCGAUAUAUGGGACUUAUUUGUCAAGGCCUCAAUUCCCACGAUCAGUAACGGAAUCGCUAAUGUUGAUGAUAAAUACGACCCCAAAGAUUUAAAGCAAUAUGUCAGCGGUGUAAGACAUUAGCACCAUUCCUACAAGGACACAUGCUGUUAAUCAUUCAUGCUAAUAUAGUGGGCUAGGAAAAUGCUGAGGUACGCUACCUUGAGGUCCUUACAAACCUCAUGGGCUUUUGUCUGGGAGAACACAUAAAUCGAGAGCUCGAGUCUCAACAGGCGCCUAACAUGGAGAUACUCUGGAAUGACCUUGGCUUCUCUGAGAACUACAUGAGCCUUCUGACCUCGCAAAGUUUCAUUAACAAUGAGAUAAGGACAGAUAUCAUCAGAUCCGAUCAUCUGUUCAGCAUCGCGUGGCUCAUGAUUGCGGACUAUAUGCAGGACCGGAAUCACGUAUACCGUACCGCACCAACCUCCUCCGGAAUCCAAUUUCAAGACAGGGCAAGUUGCCAAAUAUUGAAUCAAUGGUCUUACACUUUAUGGGAAAUCGAAGGUAAAGGAAAUCCAGCAAAAAUGGACGAAAUUGUCAAGUUCUGUGGCCGACUAGCUACAAUUGGGCUUUGUCCACCUAAUGCCACCACUAACGUGCAGCGACCUGCGAAGACCUGGAUAGUUACAAAGGAAUUCUACGACGUGCAUAUGGGCGUUCAAGCUUUCGACGAUGGUGAUUACAAUACGGAGCUGCAAGAUAGUCUGAACCGACUACAAGACCAAGAAGAUUUAGUAAACGAGUGGAAUUCUUAUUGUCUUGCGCUAACAAACUCUUGGGAGAAGCAAAUCCUUCCCUACUGGAACGUCGGGUUGCACCGAGCUUUUUUAGCUGAAGAAUUUUAUGCUGUCACUUUGUGGCAGCAAGAUGGUAUGUCAUCAUUAUGCAAAGCAGAAAGUUCAGUCAUUACUUGGUCUAACUUUCAAGUAUAGCAUAUUCUAAGGAGUAUAAUGAUUAUUAUGGAUGGGGAAUGGAUUAUCUUCCUGUUAUAUCCCUCAAUGAAGGCGAAUCCCCAAGGAACAUCAUUUUCUCUGGAACUUCGAUUAGCCUUGCCGAUGGAACAGCACGAUCGAUUGAAGCUUUAUCUCCAGGAGAUAGAGUUCUAGUUAACAAUGAUUCCAAGUUCUCCGUCACUGCUUUCCCGACGCCUGUCCGACAGUCUCCUAGGGCAGAUUUAAUUGGUUUUAGUAGGUCACUUCAAAACUAAAAACACCCAGAACUCUUUAAUGACUUAAUAAAAUUUUAGAUGGAGAGGUACCCUGGGCCCUCAGUUCACAGGUGUUCCAUACAACGACAGGGCCUCGAGCGGUCGACCCUGAAGCAGCAGAAAAACUCAACUCGUAUCGUCGCAUUGGCAAACUCGCCGUCGGACAUAUUUUAUUUCGUCUGAAGUCGAAUGACUAUGAAGCUGUUGCAGUUAGAUCAAUUGAGAAAACCAAAAAAUGUCAAGUGGACAGCGUAUUCACCCUUUCUUUACCUGGGAAUGCUCAGACCUACCACGCCAACAGUUAUUUAGUUGACAUGAACUCCGAAUCUCACGCUUUGAAAGAGACCGCAGAGAUGCUUCGCAAAGUCCCAGGGGACAAGAGGCUAGCUCUAUUGUCUCACUUUCAGGAGUUGCGGUCCAUGUUCGGAAAGUUUGAUUCUCAGGCUAUUUACGAACGAUUGAACUGGGAGCUAUUUGGUCAAUACAACUCUCCAGAUGGGCAGAAAUCUUCUUUCUGGAACUCGAAAUAUCCUCUGAAUUAUACAGAAAAUAUCAAAAUGUCCAAAGCUCUAUCAGUUUCCAGAGGUUUUCCUGUUGAUCGUCUCGCUAGAGGAUUCCGUCUCAAAGCUCAUCAUGUUGAUCAACUACCAGCGGGAUAUGAGCUUCCAGAUUUGAGCCUAGUUGAUGGCUAUCUUAUUGUACAGGGAGAAGUGCAAAUCCGAAGCACAUACGAUUCACGAAAGAGGCAAUUUCGAUGGACCAGGGAGUUGAAGCAAACCAACCUUUUUGAACAUGGAGUGUUUGAGAUUUACUCCCGAGCCAUAGCAGGAAAAGGAGUCAUCUACAUAUCAUCUGAAUAUCAGGCUCAGGAAGCUCCUCCACGGGAUAAGGUCCAUUCAUUUGAGGCUAAAGCAUGCAGCCUUGAUCAAUUGACAGGCGGUAAUACAAGUAGGAGUGCAGAUGAGUCAGAUGAUAAUAGCUGGGAGUCGAUUGCAAAAUGGCAAGUUACAAUGGAUCGGAGUGUUUGGCCUCCUGAUACUGAGCGAACUGAACCAGAGGAACCCAUAGAUGGAGGGAUAUUUGAUGAUGGUUUCUGGAACGGUCCUCCAACCGAAGUCCUUUCGAUGAGAGUUACUUUGGUGGAGCAGCUGCGAGAUCAGAUCAAUCAAAAGUUUGGCAAACAGCUUGGCAGCUUCUAUGAUGUCACCAGCAGAUUGAAAGGCGGCGAGACAGUAUUCUCGAUAAAAUUUAAGCGUGCACCUCUUGUUCCUUUUAUCUCUGAUGCUGGCCUCGACAUGAAGAAAACAUUUGGUGUUAGCUUCAAAUCUGACCUGGAUAUUGACAUCACUUUACCAUCGCUCUUCACUGAGAUGAACUUCACGGUGGAUGCUUUUUACGAGAGCUUUACUGGCUAUUUCUUCGAAUACGAUCCCACAAAACGAGGAUACAAAGGAAACCGGUAAGUUUUCACAAUAAUUGGAAAGAAAAUAAUGAACAAACUUAGUUGACUCAGAAACCAGACAUUUAGUUCAAGGAACUAUCAUAGAGUCAGACGCGGUCACUGCUUCUCGCUUAAAGAUUUCUCGUGCGUAUGAAUUAGCCUUGAAGUCUGGGGAAGCUCAACCAUCUGAUGGAAAGCUUCAACCCGCCACGGUGACAGAAAGUCUGUUAGCUCUCAGCGACCCGAGCCUCAAGGAUCUCAUUACUUUUGGCGGAUACCAAGAACAAUCGGUAAGUUGGACUAAUAUUUUCCCCUCGAUUGGCAAUAGGCAAACAAAAACUAACUCCAUAUCAGUUGCACAAUGACUCUCAACUGUUGAUACGAAAUAUGAUGUAUUACCAUAUGGAUGAGGACCAACGGAAAGAUAUCCUAAAAGUACCAAAGCCUUCCGUUCCGAAAGAACUCCCGUUGGCUUUAGCAGAUAAUCUGCCAGCUGAGCUGAAGACAUUUUUCAAAGACAAGUAUGGCCCAGCUUUCAUCUGCCGCUAUGUUGGUCGGACACAGAAAUACAUGAGUUCUUUUACGGACAAGGACAUGAAAAAGCUUUGGUACUGGUGGCAAGGUAAUGGAAAGAACUGUUUGUCGCAAAGUGAAGAAUACAAUGACAUCAACCGCCUUAGUUCGCGAGAGGCAAUGAAAGGGCGAUACCACGACAAUUUGCAGCCAUACCUCGAUAGCGACCCCGAUAACUGGGCUUCGCAGCUUUACGAUAAGAUCACUAAGAAUCACGCUCUGCUGAUCACCUGGGUUCAUUUUCCGAUAGGGGACGAUGUGAGUAUCUCCUCAUUUUAUGAUAUCUGAUGUACUUUCACUUUUUACCACAGAGAACUAAACAAUUGCUUCAGGGUAACAACUUAAUCAACAAGCAGUGCAAUAUUCUAGAUGCUUUGAGUCCGUCUGCAGACUGGUCUCAGCAAUUCUUUAACACUUUCAUGGCUUUUGCGUUGAAUGAAGGUGCAUCGAUUGCAGACAUCGAGCCCGGCGGUGAUGAGGACGCCAAAUACAACUGGCUUUAUGAUUCCAUGAAGGAUCUUAUCGUGGCAAUAAUAAACGACGAUCCUUCCAUCUCCAGCGAUGUGAAAGAGGGAAUUAUGGAGGACAUUAACGACUUCGAGAAACAGAAUAAUUUAAAUCAAGAAGCUGACGCGGAGACAAGAGCAGCUGCACUACUAGAGAAAAGUACUCUAUUCAUGCAGGAGUUAAGUGGAUGGUUCUCCUACAUUGGAAAGGGGCUACAAGCUGCAUUUUCUGGGACUGCAUUAUGGAAAUGGGUCGGCCAAGCCUUUGAUAGAGUCGCUGAGAAGUUUUCAUCAUCGCUUCCUGGGGUCAGCAAGUUGAAAGGUCUUUCAAGCAUAUGCAUGGUAAGUUUUUAUUUCAUUUGCUGUUGUACACUCAAGGACUGAGCUAAUAGAUACAUGAUGAAUAGGUUGGCGUCAGUUUGGCUAUUGCUGCUGUGAGUCUUUGGGGCUUAGUGAACAAUUGGGACAUUCUAUCGGACGAUAAACGAGCAGUUAUUAUUAUCGAGGUAGUCCGAAUGGUGGUUAGCGGUGUCGAUAAGGCGUUGGAUGCCUUCAAAAAAUUCAAGUCAAAGCCAGCCUCUACUCCAGCAGAUGAGGUCAACAUGGAGGCCCUCAGUGCUAGCGUUUCAGAGGAGAUUACUGAGAAAAGCAGUGAAAUGGGGGAUUUAGCUCAAGAGAUCUCAGGCAAGGAGGAUUAUCGUACGGCGAUCGCGGAUGGUAUUCAUGGCGAAGGGGUUCCCACAGAACCUGAAGGCGAAGGAAGCUGGAAUAAAGAUAUUGGAGAUAUCGUUCCCGACGUUCCACCAGGCUAUGAGGAUGUGCCGAAGAAAUUCAAUUUUUCUGGAAAUAUGCUACGAGUUCUCAACGCGAUUCUUGGGGUUGGUUUGGUUGUUGCCAUGUCCUUUGCGUUGGCAACCGACUGGGGCUCUCUAUCUGAGCCUGGAAAGUGGAUAGGAGUGCUCAAUAUCAUCGUUCAAGGCUUGACCGUUUUGCUCGAUAUCAUUGAUGUUGGAGCCGACAUUGGCCUGUGGGCGGUCACUGGUACUUUUAGUGUUGCUUUGCCUAUUCUUGGUGCAGUUCUGGCUGUGGUUGGAGUGAUCCUCAUGGUUGUCCAGCUCUUCAUCAAUCUCUUUAUCAAAGCACAACCACCUCCAGAUCCAAUUGCUAAUUUCAUCGACGAUGUCGGGCAUGAACUCAUAGCCAGCUUCGAUCCUUCCCCUGAGUCUAACCUCAAGUACUCCAUCUCUGCUUCCGAUGUUACUGCAGGCCAAGUGACUACUAUCACCAUCACGGGUAAGAAUGAAUCCUCUGGCGAAGUUACCAUAACAAACGCAGCUAUCACUCUUUACUCUGGCGAUGACGACGUCUGUCUCUUUCGAAAUGGCGCUGACGAUACUGAAAAUAUUAUAUUGGUUCCCGAUACUGAUGCCGACAAAAAUGAAAAUGGACAUACCUUCGUCACUCCCAGCAAAAUUACAAGCGCGCAAUUGCCCAUACCAGCAAGACUGGGGAACGAAUCAAUAUACUACGAAUACGAUCUCCGAGCAGCAGGUCUUCCAAAAGAAACAUCCGGUAGUUUGAACAAUCUUAUUCUACAAGCGGGAGAGUCGUUUCAGUCAAUUUGGACAGCCAGAAUCAAUAACAGAGGUGACGAUAAGGAGAAAUCAACUAGUUGGAUCGAAAUCGUCGAAAAUGGACUGACGGACGCAUGCCAAUCACAGUUUGUAUUGCAGAGGAAUUGAAGUUUUUUUUUUGUUUUUCGAUAUUUCUCCCUACCUGGCAAAAAGUAACUAAUUGGGACGAAAUUGACAGAAUUGUUAUUGUUGGAUAUUGGCCAAUCGCUAUUGUAAUGCAAGUUUGAAGUUUGUUAAUGAGUAUUUUUUUCCUAAAUAGCAACAAUAUGAUGUCAUGCGCUUU